AUGUCUGUCAUCAUGAGGGGCUGGCUUCGAAAUGAGGAGUUUUCCAUUUCAGAGGAGGGGACGUUAACCAGGCUUGUCCUACAACUAGGGCAGCUUGUCAAGGCGCAGGGAAUUGCCAACCUUAUAAGAGGGCGGGUCGUCGAAGGCAAAUAUCUUAUGACUGGACUUUUGCGGGACGGAGGAGACCAUUGGUAUGCCAAGUGCCAAUCGCUGGAUUCUCCACACUAUUGGGAGCAACCAAGGGCAACCCUGCGAGAACUUGUUGAUGCUUUGUGUUGA